AAUCGUUUCAUGCUAUAUUUGCUCUAGUCACUAGCUGCUGGGCUUUAUUUGAACCAAUCUAUCCCCAUGUCGUUGAACGAAGUUUGGGAGGCAGCCUCCGCGAGCCCUUACACUCCACUGAUUUCCAAAGAUAGCCAGUUCUCCGUCGGCUUCACCCUCUUGCUUUCUGGUAAGACAGAUUUGCGCAACAUGGCCAUGAACCGAUCGCACUAACGAGUAUUUCAGCACUCAUAUUGACUGGUCUUUUCGGACUGAACCGUUCUUUCUUGAGCAUCGCUUCAUUUGGCGUCCCGGCGUCAUUGGCAUUCGGCUUCGGGGCCGUAUACAUGAUCUGCGCUGUUGGGGUCUACGUUUAGGAAGACGUCCAGAUCUUUUCAAUGUACCAUAUGCCCAGUUGAGAGAGAAGCAGAAGGAUUAUACCAUUAGAAACGUCGAAGCUCUUCCUCCCUGCAGACUCUCUAUUAAUCUAAUUUGUCCGAGUUCUUUGUUUUCGAUCCUUUCCGCCAUCUCGUACAUCCAGCCAUGGCCGACGUGGAACCCAUCUUUUCUGCUGUUUCCAGCAAUGCUCACCAUCUCUACACUCUACUACAGUGCAUUGGCUUUGUACCAAAAGCUACCGUGUUUAUUACCCCAGAUGGGAUUCGCUUUUCUGUGGAGGAAGGCCGAGUAAUACAGGGACUCGCCUUCCUUGACAAAGCCCUUUUUACCACCUACACCUUCAACCCACCAGCCGCGCCGAACAACACUUCUGGGGAUUCGGGGGACGGUGAUGAUUCUUCAGAUGCUACCUCCAACCCAUGCUUCGUUGUGUCGCUUUCUGCCCUCCUUGAGACGCUGAAAAUUUUCAGUGUAAAUGAUCCAUCCGCCACCGGGGCCAACAAGGCAGUUAGUGUCCAACCGUCGAACCCCUCGUCAUCAAACGCCUUCACCACGCCUGCAUUGCUUUUUGAUCGUUCAUGUACCUUGCAAUAUUUCCAACACGGCUCGCCUCUAAGCAUCACUUUAUCAGAAACUGGGAUCAAGACCACUUGUGAACUAACAACCUACGAACCCGAUGGUGGUGAAGUCGAUAUCCCUCUUCAACGUGACGCCAUCAUAAUGAAGGUCAUCAUGCGUUCCGCCUGGUUACACAAUGCCAUUGUGGAGCUGGGUGCCACUAACCCAAAUGUGUUAAAGAUAUCCGCCUCGGCAGAUCGGGAACCUUUCUUCGCCUUGUCUGGUUCUGGUGGUCCGUUCAGCGAGUCCUCUGUAGAAUUCUCAAUAGAGGAACAAGGCCCGGACAACGGGGCGUCGUCCCAGUCUCGCAAAGUGUUGACCGACGAUGGCACAUCCAGGUCUCGGGCUAAGAGGACCAAGCUUGCGCCUACUGUCACCGAGACCUUCCUUGUUAGCCCACCGUCUUCAAUGGGUUCUCGCAUCAAGCAGAAUUACCGAUUUUCUCUUAUCCAGAAGGCUUCUCGUGCUAUGGCUGUGGCUAACAAAGUAAGCAUUCGGGGCGACCGGCAAGGAGUUUUGAGUCUUCAGUUUAUGGUUGAAUUCGACGCACACGGCUCCAGCGGCGCGAGCAAUAGCACAAGACCCUCUAGGGGAGUGCCAGGGCCCACAGUAACCUUUGUAGAUUUCCGCUUUGUGCCGUUACUGGAUGGUGAGGAGGCAGCUGAUGAGAACAGCACGAAUGAUUACGAAUAACGUCUUUCGGUGGAGCAACAGCUGUAAAUAAAAGUACAAGUUAGCAAUGAAAUAGCUUGGUUUCAGUCAACACAGAUUAUUCACUCGCAGCGAUGGCACUAGGCACUGGAAGUCUCAUACUAUAUUCCCAACAGACUACCACGGGGCAUCCGGGAUCGUGUUGGGUUUAAUAACAUUACAUAGAACUAACGCUUAAUUAUCCCACUUGCUCGUAUAAGCUCAGUAUUCUGCAAACACGGCAUAAUUUCCUGCUAUCGUAGAGCCUUAGCACACAUCGUUGCCUAUGAUUUGAAUGCGCCUUUUGAGAAAAGCUCAUUACUGCUUCUCCGAAGCAUUCUUAAAUGAACGUAGUUUUCUAUCAUCUAUGGUAAGAAGUACAGCCGCUAAUGUGUCUAACGAUCGCGC